AUGUCUCAAGAGUCAUCAUUCUACCCUUGUGCAACAGGAAAUGCUCCAACACGAAUGCGCUUGGGCGAGCUUCACUAUAACGUUCUUCGUGUCGUGUUUCUCCCUGGUAGUGCUGGGAGAACUGACAUUUUUCGAUCCGAAUACCGGUUCUCAGAGUUAAAUGUUGGAGGCAGUGCAAAGUCGUUAAUCGAGCCACAAGGUGCCCUCGUACAAAUGACAAAGCUGUGA